AUGACCAAGGAAGACGACCACCCCCUAAGCCGCGAACCGACGCGCGAAGAAAAAACCGCCGAGGCGAUAGCCGAAGGUCACGAUGCCGAUAUCCCAAGUAACAUCGGCUUUAUUCCUACCGAAGCAGAUGAGCGGCGAAGGACGAGUCUUGCUAGUCGCCGUGCUAGCCACGCAAGUAAAACAAGAGAUGCCGAAGUGAUAGAUGCGGAGGAGGGUUCACAAACGCAGAGUGAAAGCGAUAUUGUCUGGUGGGAUGGAGAUAAAGAUCGUCAGAAUCCUUAUAAUUUUGCGACAUGGAAGAAGGUUCUUAAUUGUGUGCUUGUGUCGGCUCUGACGUUUGUUACGCCGUUGGCUUCCUCAAUGUUUGCACCUGGUGUUCCGCAGCUUAUGGUCGAGUUUGGAAGUACAAGUUCUGAACUUGCAUCUUUUUGUGUUUCGGUAUACGUCUUGGGCUUUGCAGCAGGUCCCAUGAUCUUUGCGCCUCUCUCAGAGUUGUACGGACGACAAAUAGUCUACCACUGCUGUAAUGUUGGUUUCAUCGUCUUUGUCAUUGCCUGCGCCAAAGCACCUACGUUAAGCAGUCUCAUCGCCUUCCGUUUCCUCAGCGGCACAUUUGGCUCAGCGCCUAUUACGAAUGGCGGCGGCACAAUCGCCGACAUGAUAGUCCAGGAAAAGCGCGGUGCAGCCAUGGCCAGUUUUAGCAUCGGACCUCUACUGGGCCCCAUCAUUGGCCCUGUAGUUGGUGGUGUGGUGACUGAUGCUCUGGGUUGGCGAUGGGUGUUUUGGAUCAUCGCCAUUAUGUCAGGAGCAUUGUCUAUUGUCUUCUUUUUUGCUUCUGAAGAGACUUAUGCACCUGUCAUUCUCGCUCGCAAAACGAAGAAGCUCCAGAAGGAGACCGGCAACGACCGUCUUCGAUCAAAACUCGAUGCUGGGUUGAGUUCAGCGGAUUACUUCAAGCGUGGUAUCCUUCGCCCUUUCAAGAUGCUCGCCUUUUCACCGAUAUGUAUAAUCUGUGGAAUUUAUGUAGGACUCGCCUACGCUUACCUGUAUAUUCUCUUCACAAGCCUUACGCCUCUCUUCAUGCGGAUCUACCACUUCAACACCGUCAACGCUGGCCUCACAUUCCUUGGCCUAGGAGUCGGUAGUAUGAUUGGCGUGGGAUAUUUCUCAGCCUCGAGUGACAAGUACAUGAAGAAGAAGGCUGCCAUAGCCAAAGAGCAGGGCAUUGUUGAUCCCGCCGAGGUAAUGAAGCCGGAACACCGACUGCCACCGCUCAGGAUUGGGGCUAUCCUUCUUCCUAUCGGAUUCUUCAUCUAUGGAUGGACUGCUGAGUACAAAACGCAUUGGAUUGCACCUAUUCUUGGAACAAUGGUAAUUGGUGUCGGCAAUCUUGUCAUUUUCAUGUCUCUGCAAAUGUAUCUCAUCGACACUUUCACCGUCUACGCAGCUUCAGCACUGGCCGCAAAUGCCGUUAUGCGAUCCAUCGCCGGAGCGGUACUUCCUCUCGCCGGACUGCCCAUGUACGAGAAGCUUGGUAUGGGUUGGGGAAACAGUUUACUUGGCUUUGUUGCUGCUGCACUUAUCCCUGCACCGUGGUUGUUUAUUAAGUAUGGUGAGCAUUUGAGAAAGAGAUUUGAGAUCAAGGACCUAUAA